AUGUUCCGAACCACCAAGCAAGCACAUUUGAUCAUCACCAGAUCACAGCAACAAAACAUCCUCCACCAACUCAGCAGAAGAACCAGACCGACCACGCUCUUGACCAGACGAGGACUCCAUCAAAACUCCCACAGGGAUUUCUAUGGCUUCAAGCAAGCCAUCUCAGACAUCAACCUCAAAUGGACUGCAUCCAUCGGACUGGUGAUCAGUAUCGGACUAUGGUUCUACCUCCAAGACCAGAUCGAAGCUCGUCCAUCAACUCAUCUCAAGAUAGACGAACCUCUACCACCGAUGAUCGUCCUCAACCAACCAACAAAUCAACACAUGAUCGAUCCCGCCACCCAAUUGGAAAUCCCUGCCCAUGCCCAACUCAAACCCGAGCACAUCAACCUCGAAGAGCCCAUGCGCCUCGUCGGCUUGGGCGUAAGGACGGUCUCAUUCCUGGCUGUGAAGGUGCACGUGGCCGGCUUUUGUGCCGAUCCGAGGGUGCUCAGAGCACUCAGAGUUGUCCCUGGUUGGAGUGAUGAUUUAACAAAGGAGAAACUAUUAUCAAAAUCUACUCAAAAACAACCCAAUCUCGAUUCUAAGGAUCAAGAGGAAAUCAGAGGCGAGGCUUUGAUUCGUAACUUAAUGGCUGCACCCGCUAAUUUCGCUAUCCGAAUUGGCCAGUCUUCUUCCUUCGAAAAGCGAAUCUCAUACUUUAAUUUUUGCCUUUAUCGUUUUGACUGA